GCACUGCCCCUGGCCAGUCAAUCAGUCCUACGUACGUACUAGAUUAAGCAGCAGAAAUGCAGAAACAACAGAGACGCAUCAGCAUCAGAGACUGGAAAGGAGGAGAUUGAAAACGAGACAUCAAUGAAAAAGAGAGAGAGAGAAAUGAGACAGAGUGGCUAAACAAACAAAUCUGCAGUGGUGCCAAGUGCCAACAAAGGCAAAGCCGAGCCCUGAAAGCUGCCUUCCCAUCCAUCCAUCCAUCCGCGCGCUUUCUUUUCUUUUAAAGCGCCUCUUCUCCCUCCUCCUCCUCCCCUUCCCCUAAAGCUACCGGCCGGCCGCCCGCUGCUGUGCUGCGUGCGGGAGCAAUGAAGAGGAUCAAGGCGGCGCGCGGGGGAGCAGCGGCGACGGCGCCGACCGACCUGCUCGUCUGCUUCCCCGGGCGGCAGCACCUGGCGCUGAUGCCCAAGUCGAUGUGCAGCCCGUCCAGGGCGACCCUGGACAAGGCGGUGGCCGCGCGCCGGAGACAGCUGCAGCUCCCGGCCGCGCCCUCCACGCGGCACGGGGGAGGAGGGCGCGGUAGCGCUGGUAGCCCGCUGUUCCGCGGCUCUAAGUCUAAGGCGAAGCAGGCCGUCGAGGACGACGAGCCGCAGUCGCCCAAGGUGACUUGCGCCGGGCAGAUCAAGGUCGCCCGGCCAAAGAAGCCUAGGCCGGUGGUGGAGAAGAACGGUAAGGGCGUCGACGGCGGCACUGCUGCGGGGAGGUGGGUCACCGUCGCGGAGGAGAUCGAGCGGCUUCAGGGGCGGAGGAAGAAGGCGAGCUGGCUAGAGGCCGUCGGGAUCAGGAGGGACGCGCUGCCCUUCCUCGGCGGCGCGCUCUGGAGCCUUCGGCACAAGGUGAGGUGCUUCGGGUCGUCGCUCCCCGCCGCGGUGGACUCGUUGGCGGACGACGACGACGACGACGAUGCGGGGGAGCACGAACGCGAAUCCUCCGCCGUCGGAGGCACAGGCAGCGCCGCCGCGAGCGUCUUCUCCAAGUGGCUCAUGGUGUUGGAAAGGAGCCACGACGAACCCCACGAGCAAGACGCCGGAGACGACAAUGACGACGACGGGCUAGAUCAAGAAGUCGGGCGGCCGAGCAAUGAGGCGGGAGACGACUGCUCCAAAGCGCCGUCCGUGCCGCCGCCGCCGAACGCGCUGCUCCUAAUGCGGUGCCGGUCGGCGCCGGCGAAGGGCCUGGCGAGGAAAGGAGCAGAAGCGGGCAGCGAGGAGGCCACGCGGGAGAAGGAGGGCGUGGAGGAGAAGAGGGACGAGCUGGUGUUCAUGAGAACGGCGCCGGACUUCUUGAAGCUGUCCAUCGACAUCGCCAAGGAGACGUGGGUCGUCGGCGGCGUGGACCCCCUCGCGCGCAGCCGGAGCUGGAAGAGGUGACCUGACCUGACCUCUGGUCGCGGUAGGUAGCCGUUGUACAGAGCUCUACAUGUUCGUACGUACUAAUACCUUUCUUGUGCUUCGUCGGUUCCAAUGUUUAUUACUAUUCGCUUUGCAAAAUAGUAUAAAUUGGAGGAGCUACAGAAAAUGUUGUACGUACGUAGAAUGUUUCUCCCCGAUUCAAUGUCGACACGAUCGUGAGAGAAUCUGCGA